AUGUCUAAUAAGUUUCAUUGUGACAUCUGUUCUUCAGAUUGUACUAAUAGAGUGAGAAUAUCAUGUGCUGAAUGUCCUGAGUACGAUCUGUGUGUUCCUUGCUUUUCACAGGGUCUUUAUAAUGGGAACCAUAGACCGUACCAUCCGUAUCGUAUUGUGGAGACCAAUUCGUACCCUAUUCUUUGCGAAGGUUGGGGUGCUGAUGAAGAACUGGCAUUGAUUAAAGGUGCCCAGACUUUGGGGUUAGGUAAUUGGCAAGAUAUUGCAGACCAUAUUGGGUCAAGGGACAAGGAGGAAGUUAAAGAGCAUUAUUUGAAGUAUUACAUCGAGAGUCCACAUUAUCCGAUUCCUGAUAUUAAUAAGACCAUUAAUGUUGCUCAAGAUGAGUUUUUACAAGAGAGGAAGUUGCGACUUGAAAGGUUCAGGGAGAAACCAUUAGAACCACCGAGAAAGCCAGUAGCCUCAGUGCCAAGUUGUCAUGAAGUUCAAGGGUUUAUGCCUGCUAGAUUGGAAUUCGAGACAGAAUUCGAAAACGAAGCGGAAGGUCCUGUGAAGGAUAUGGUUUUUGAUACUGACGACCAACCAUUGGAUAUCGAGUUGAAAUUGACAAUUUUAGAUAUAUACAACUCGAGAUUGACAACUAGAGCAGAAAAAAAGAGGCUUUUGUUUGCAAAUAAAUUAAUGGAAUAUAGAAAAUUACAAAGUGUAGAAAAGAAACGAUCAAAACAGGAAAAAGAACUGUUCAAUAGAUUGAAACCGUUCUCAAGAAUGAUGACACCUCAAGAUUUCGAAGAAUUCUCAACUGAUAUUUUAGAAGAACUUAGAUGUAGGUCUAGAAUUAAUCAAUUACAAGAAUGGAGGAGAAAUGGUAUAACCACACUCGAAGCAGGUUUGAAAUACGAGAGAGAUAAACAGAUGAGAAUAACAGCAUUAGAGAAGUUCGGGACUUCGCUCAAUUAUGGUGAUAUACCAGCAGGCAGAAAUAGAUCAAACCCAGCACAUAGAUCAAACACUGAUUAUUCUCAAAAUUAUAGCGAAGGUAAUGGUAAAGAAAGGGAAAAACCGAAGAAUUUAACAAUCAAUGACAUUCAACAUGGUGCUGACUUUAACCUUUUGUCUGAAAAUGAACAACAUUUGUGUGCACAAUUAAAAAUCUUACCAAAGCCAUAUCUAGCAAUAAAAGAAGUUAUAUUUAGGGAACUAUUGAAAAAUAAUGGCAUGCUAAAGAGGAAGAAUUGUAGAGAUUUACUAAACAUAGAAGCAGUAAAAGCAAACAGAAUAUACGACUUUUUCCUAGCUCAAAACUGGAUAUAA